GGAAGGAAAGGGAAGGAAAGGGAAGGGACGGUUUAUAUAGACGAAUGAUUAUUUUUACUGGUGUAGCGUUUGGGAGAUUUGGAUUUGUUGGAUGAAGUGAAUUCUUGGGAGGAGAGGGGUGGUUGUUAUCUGGUGUUAUCACUUAUCAGGCAGAUGUUGUUUCGCUCUCAGUCCGUCUGUCAUACAAAAUAUUCGUGGUACUCUGUUGGGUAGUACACAUUCACUCCCCCCUUACCUUGUUACUCGCCUCGGCAGUUCGCAAUUUCGAGAUUUCUUGUUUAUCUAUUUCAAGAGCUCGUUGCUUUCACUCUAUCGAAUCUCGUCACCACAAAACCCCCUCCUCUCGAGCCGGAGUGAAGACACCAUCCAUGGGCAGCACACGCCCAUCCCCAUCGGGCCAGAGAACGCACCUUCUCCAGUUCCCUGCGCUGCCCCGUACAAACAACGAAACCGUAUCCAAGAUACAGGGAUCGAAGCAGUGGGUCCCUCUUGUGGCAGGCGGAGCCGGAGGCGUAACAUCCGCCAUCCUCACCGCACCUCUAGACGUUCUCCGCACGCGGCUACAAUCCGAAUUCUACCGCCGCCCCGCAUUCUCCGGUGGCAGCGGCCUACCAGCGCGCUCUCUCAGCCCAACACGACACACCCACGAGACGUUGCGCUUACUACGAGACAUCCACCGCCUCGAAGGGCCCCGCGCACUAUUCAAAGGCGCCAUCCCUCUAAUCGCCGGUCUUGGUCCCAGCAGCGCACUGAAAUUCUGGACCUACAACAGCGCGAAGCGCGGAUUAGAGAGGCGUGGCGUCCAAGGCGGGUGGUUGCAUGCCAUCUCGGCGGCGGUGGCGGGGGGAGUGGUGUGUACUGUCAUGUGUCCCGUCUGGGUCGUUAAGACGAGGGUGCAACUUGAUCCUGGAAGGGGGGGGAGAUAUAAGGGGGCGAUUGAUUGUGUGGGGAAGAUUUGGGGGGGAGAGGGGUGGAGGGGGUUGUGGGGGGGGUUGGGGGCGAGUUAUUUGGGGGUUGGGGAGGGGGUGGUUAUGUGGGUUGUUUAUGAACGGGUUAAGAGGGCUAUGACAGAGAGAGAGGAGAGGAGAGGGGGAGCAGGGGAGGGUGGGGGGAGGGAAAAGGGGGUGUGGGAGAGAGUCCGUGAUGGUGCUAUGUGGGCUGUUGCGGCGGGGGGAUCGAAGGGGAUUGCAGUUGGAGUUGCGUAUCCGCAUGAGGUUCUACGGACAAGGCUGCGACAGGCGCCGGUGGAGGGGGUGCUGAAGUAUACGGGUGUUGUGCAGUGUGCGCGGUUGGUGGUGAGGGAGGAGGGGAUGGGCGCGCUGUAUGGGGGGUUGACGCCGCAUUUGAUGCGUGCGGUGCCGGCGUCGGCAAUUAUGUUUGGGGUGUUUGAGGUUGUUAUGAGGGUGUUGGGUGGGGAGGGGGAGUAG